AAAUAAGCAGUAAAAUGAAAUUGUGUUGGACUGUUGCGGUACUUGUGUUUGUAUGUUUCGCUGGUCUCGGCGAGGGACAGAUGCUCUCCAGCGCCAGCAGCAGGAGCCGGGGACCUGGCAUGUCAAGUCGAGGCUCUUUCCGGGCCGGCCUCUUCAACAGCGAGCUGAUGGAAAAUCCUUACAUGAUGGCGAUCAUGAUGUCCAAUAUGAUGGGGAUGAAGGGAACGCAGGCUUUCAAUUUCAACCUGCCAAUGAUGUACCUGUUGGGAGGAAGUGGGUUAGAAGUUAUGCCAAUGGAUAGUCUGAUGUCCUUCUUCCUCAUGCAAUCACUCUUCAAUAACCCAACACCCGGCUCGUCUUCUCACGGCUCCACUCCGGGCAUGUCUCAGAUGCCCAUCACCGAUGUGUCAUUUCUACUUCCGCAGCUAGCAGCCGGAAGUUCAGGAGGCAUGACCGGAAAUUUAGGAGGCAUAGCCGGAAGUUCAGGAGGCAUGACCGGAAAUUUAGGAGGCAUGACCGGAAGUUCAGGAGGCAUGACCGGAAGUUUAGGAGGAAUGGCCGGAAGUUUAGAAGGCUUGACCGGAAGUUUAGGAGGCAUGACCGGAAGUUCUGCGUCUUCCGCUGGUAGUGCAGUUUAAUGACACUACAAACACAAGUGAAUACAAAUAGCUCAUCAGCAAACUUUAUAAUUGCAUGUAUAUUGAUUAUUAAAUCUUCAUAUUUU